AUGGUAUAUAUAUUUGAUGAUUUGCGUCCUUGUGCCCUUUUAUCAUUUAUUUCUUUGUUUCUAGUAAUGGCCUUCCAAUAUCCCCAAUACCGAGAAAAAGUCGGACAAUUAUGCCCAAUCCCAGGUGCUAGGGGCAAUUGGUCUGGAUGGCAGAAAGUAAUGGUCCAGGAGCAAAAUCUUAAUGGUGACUACAGGAACCGGAACGCGAAUCAUGUGGGCUCGUAUAGAUCGGGAAGAAAUUUUCCAGGUCGUCGAGUAUGUGGAAUAUAUGAAUGGAAGGUAAAACGUGAGGAAGACGAGAUAGUGGUUUACGUUGGAAGCUCGUGCAAUGACGGAAAUUCACCUUUGAAGGACAGAAUCCUUCAAUAUUGCAGAAAUGGUUCGCAUAAAAGUGAUCUCAUCAAUGAUACCUUGAGUAAAGGAUACGAUCUGUAUGUUAGAUGGAGAGAGUUUUCAGGCGUCGGUGAAUCUAUGGAGGCCGAAAAUUUUCUUCUUCAGAGGUACAAUUAUGCCUGGAACUUACGGGAUAAUGGAAUAAGGGCGCCACUAGUGGGUGCACUGCAUAUGUAG